AUGGAUGGCGAUCUUGAAUGCAUAGAGCUUCAAGUUGAUCACAUGCGAACCCGAGGUCUGGAGUGCGUCUAUCUCGCCGAACACGCCGAGACACAGUUCCAGGCCCUCAAGCGCAGGCACGACGAGUCGCAGCAGGAGAACGUGGUCUACAAGGAGCUGUACCAGCUCCUCGUCACGGUGAGCGAGGCAGAGGCCCUCGACAUCCUGCAGCGCCUGCGGGCUGGGACCGACGUUGAGACGGCGGUGCGCCUCGCGCAGGAGGGCGACCUGCUCCUGCAGCUCGCGUUGAAGCCGGAGUCGCGGUCCAGGUACCAGUUUCCUUACCUACCCUUCAUGCCCGGCCCCCUGCAGACCUCUGACAAUCCGUAUCUGGAGUCCAUGCUGUACGAGGGAGCUCUCAAGGGCUUCGACCAGCCUCCGGCUCUCGACCGGCAGCAGUCAACAUUAACAUCAGCAUCAACAUCCACCGGCGAGGCAGAGACGCGGCCCGACCACAGUCAAAGCCACAGCCACAUGUUCCUGAAGCCCUACCACGCCGCGGAGCUCGUGGACGACCGUCUAGCCACGGCCAGAGCCUCCAAUUGGACCACGGUGACGACCGACGACAACCUGUUCAGGCGGCUCCUGCGGGCGUACCUCGCCCACGAGUAUUGCGUGGCGCCUGCGUUUCAAAAGGACUACUUCCUGUACGACCUGGCCCGAGGAAAGGGUCCCUUGUGCUCGCCGCUGCUCGUGAACUCGGUCAUGGCGGUAGGAAGUCACUGCCACCGAGACAACGCCCUGCGGUCACAGCUGUGGAACCCCGAAAAUAUCGGCUACAGGUUUCUGACGGAGGCGAGGCGGCUGUGGGAGCUGGAGGAUCUUGAAAAUGUCAAGCUGACCACGUUACAAGCGUCAAUACUCUUGAGUCUGGCUUACAACAGCCAUGGGAUGGACAAGAUCGGAGACAUCUUCAUCCGGCACGCUGUAUCGAUGGCCAGGAAAAUGAGCCUCUUCAGGCCCGAACCACCCCACAAGAACAGCAGGACCCAAAGGGCGCUUGAGUUCACGGCGUGGGCCUUCUUCAACUUCCAAACUGCUGCAGGAUACUACUUCAUGCGGCGGCCGUGGCUCAGCGACCCGCCCGAGGUGGCGCUGCCGGACCCGGACCAGGACCCGGGGUGGUACGGCGAGUUCGCGCUCGAGUACCCGUCGGCGCCGGGCCCGACCCCGAUGCGCUGGCCGCACACGUUCCGGGCCAUGUGCGGGCUGCGCGUCAUCAUGAACCAGGUCGCGCACGAGGCUUUCCGGGACGACGACGACGACCACCACAACCACCACCCGCCGCAGGCGUCGGUCGCGGGGUUGCCGCGGCACAGGGCGCUGGGGAUACAGGCGCGGCUGAGGGAGUGGUACGCGGGCCUGCCUGAGCCCUUGCGGCCCAGGAUGGCCGUCUUGCCGAGCCAUCUGAGGCUUCACCUCGAGCACUUCGCGAUACACCUGACCCUAUCCACGACAGUGAUAGAAGAACAGGCAGAGAUCCACUCCUCGAUAGACCUGGGGCCCUCCGCCGCCGCCACCACCACCAACAAUGACCCCGACAACGACGACGGCGACGACAACACCAACACCAACACCAACACCACCACCAACACCAACACCAACACCACCACCAACAAAACCACCACCGGCUCCCCCGCCGUGGUGGCCCGCACGGGCCCAGAGGCGAUGCGCAACCUCGAGACGGUCGCCCGGCUGUACUACCUGCGCCACGGGUUCGAGGCCUGCGACAGCUCGCUGGCGUACUCGCUCUCCCUGCUGGCGAGCGUCUCGCUGCGCGCGCUCGGGGGCGGCAGCGGCGGCGACGGCGGGCGGCUCGCCGCGGGGGGCGGGCGGCCCGAGGUGCUGCGGUCGACGCUGGUGCUCGCCAUGAAGGGCCUCCACGAGCAGGGCCGCCACACGCACGUGUGCAGGGUGCUGUUCAGGCUGCUCGCCGACCGCAUGGGGCCCGCCGAGGCGGCCAUCCUGGGGCGGUUUGUGGGCUCCUCGGCGGGGGAGGGGAAGGGGGCCGGGGCCGGGGCCGGGGCUGAAGCUGACGCUGACCUGGUGCUGCGCACGCGGUCGAGGUUCCCUGUGCCUGUGGUCAAGAAGGGGGAGGAUCUCAACGGGGCCGUGCUGGACAACCUGGUCCAGAAGUACCGAGCUGUCACGCUGGAAAGUGGCGGCAGCAGCCUGGGUGGGCCUGGCCAUGGGUAG